AUGGCGCUGUGCUCUCACUGCGACCUUAAAUGCGACCUAGCUGUUGAGUGCAGUGGAGGACAGGAGCUGCAGCAGUGUGGAUCCUCCUGCAGGUCCACCUGCAGGUCGCUGUCGGACCCCAUCCAGGGCUGCGACGACGAGUGUGUGGAGGGCUGCAACUGUCCACAAGGACUGUACCUUGACGAAGAUGACAACUGUGUGCUGCCGUCGGAGUGCCCCUGUUACCACCACGGAGAACUCUACAGGCCGAAUGAAGCCAUCCAUAGGAAGGGAUCAACAUGCUAUUGCCAGGAUGGUGUAAUGGAGUGCUAUGAUUCCUCCGUCCAACCAACGGAAGACACGGCUGUGGGAGGACUGCCCAAUCGGGAGGGUCGCUUUGCAAGAUGUAUGCCGCCACUCUUCUUCUUCAGUUGUUACGCCAACCCUGGCUCCAAAGGCACAGAGUGCAGACCGACAUGUCAGAACAUGCACAUCAUCGACCAGUGCAUCUCCAACCAGUGUAUCUCGGGAUGUAUGUGUCCAGGGGGUUUGGUGCAAGACGGUUAUGAGUGCGUCCUGCCCUACGAGUGUCCUUGUCACCACAACGGACAAAGCUAUCAAUCCGGAGAAACCAUCCAAAUGGACUGCAAUCAAUGUACAUGUCAGGGUGGAGACUGGCAGUGCACCACACACGGCUGCACUGGAACCUGCACCGCGUAUGGGGACUCGCACUACAUCACAUUCGAUGGGUACCGCUAUCAGUUCUAUGGAUCCUGUGCUUACGAACUCGCUACGGACUUCUGCGGCGGGGCUGAAGGAACCUUCCGCGUGCAGGUACAGAACGAGCGGUGCGGCUUGUGGGGGGCGACCUGCAUCAAGUCCAUCACCAUCACCUUACAAACCGUGCAGAUCAUUUUCUACAAGGACCGACCAGGGGAACCUGAGGUUCGUCCGCUCCCGGGGAUACACGACCCAUGCGUCAGUGUGGUGUACAACUUUAGACGAAUUGGAUUUUUCCUCAUCCUGACAACUGAACAUGGCCUGACGGUGAUGUGGGACCUCGGAACCCGUGUGUACGUCAAACUGUCCCCGGAGUUCAGAGGAAACGUGUGUGGUCUGUGUGGAAACUUUGACGGGAACCAGGCGAAUGACUUCACUACCAGGGCACUGGACGUCGCCGUACAGCCUGAGGAGUUUGCAUCAAGUUGGCAGGUGAACCCGUUGUGCCUCACAACCCUCGACAACAAGGAUGACCAGAAUAACACGGCGUUAUGGCUCAGUCCGUGCCUCAUCAACCACCACCGCGUCCCCUGGGCACGGCGACAGUGUGCCAUCAUACACGCAUCUGUCUUUCAGCCAUGCCAUGCUACGAUUGACCCCCAGCCGUGGUACGACGCCUGCGUUGAUGACACCUGUUCAUGUGACAUGGGAGGGGACUGUGAGUGCUUCUGUACCGCUGUGGCUGCAUACGCACACGCCUGCGGUGAAGCUGGCAUUCCCAUCCGAUGGCGAACUCCGGAGCUGUGUCCUACACAGUGCGAGGACUACAAUGCAGAGGAAGUUGAUUGUGUCUGGCACUACCAUCCAUGCGGCCGGCCAUGUGAGGAAACCUGUCAGAACCAAGAAUGGUCCCAAUGCACCCUUCCGUGUCUGGCGGGUUGUCACCCUACUUGUCCAAAUGGCACUUUGUUGAAUGAGUACACACGAGAGUGUGUUGAAGUCUGUCCUACAUCAUUGCCAGUGAUAGUGCCCUCGUGUACAACCACCCCUGUCCCUACAACUUUGGUUACAACAGCUGUCUCAGAAACUACAACUGUCGUUACACAGACCACACCUGUCACACAAACAACACCAGUAAGUGAGGUAACAAGCACCACACCAGGCACCACGACAGGCACCACGCCAGGCACCACGACAGGCACCACACCAGGCACCACACCAGGCACCACGACAGGAACCACACCCACACGGACACCAGAAGGCACCACUACCACAGUCCCACCAUCGACAGUUCCUCCUUGCUGCGAAUGGUCCGAAUGGAUGAAUUCCGAUAAUAUUAUCGACACGACUGACAAUGAAACAUAUCCUCACCUGAGGGAGCAUUACUACAGUUUUUGCCAGCAGCCAGAUGCCAUUCAGUGUAGAACUGUGGAUGUUAAUUCCGAAGGUCAGCAUCUCGACGUUGCCCAAGCCGGGCAGGUGGGUGUGGUAUGCGACGCUUCAGUCGGACUGCUUUGUCUCGGUGAACUGCAGCUUCAGACGCACGUCCCAGUCUGCUUUGACUACGAAGUGCGAGUGCUAUGCUGUGAUCUUUGUACAACUACCGGAGUACCGACAACCACAGGUCCGGGCACCACAAUUAUCGUCUCAACAGAAAGCACCACACUCACAGGACCAACAGAAAGCACUACACCUGUCGUCUCAACAGAGGUUACCACACCAACCUCAACAUGCCCACCAUGUUAUUUUCAUGGCAAUAUAUAUCCGAGUGGAGAAUGGUGGACCUACGCCUGUAAAGAAUGCACCUGCGAGUGUGGACAAGUUGUGUGCCAGCCAGUACAAUGCCCACCGGUGACAGUACCCACGUGUGUAAACGGAGCCCAACCUGAAGAAGUGAUGGAUCCCUACAACCCCUGCUGCUGGAUCUGGCAAUGCCCAGGAACCACCACACCUACAGAGACAUCGACAACAGGAACAAUCACACCUGUCGUCUCAACAGAAGGCACCACACCAACCUCAACAUGCCCACCAUGUUAUUUUCAUGGCAAUGUUUAUCCGAGUGGAGAAUGGUGGACCUACGCAUGUAAAGAAUGCACCUGCGAGUGUGGACAAGUUGUGUGCCAGCCAGUACAAUGCCCACCGGUGACAGUACCCACGUGUGAAAACGGAGCUGUACCUGAAGAAGUGGAAGAUCCUAACAACCCCUGCUGCAAGAUCUGGCAAUGCCCAGAGGGCACCACACCUACAGAACCUGUGACACCGGGAAGCACCACACCUACAGAGCCUGUGACACCGGGAAGCACCACACCUACAAAGCCAGUGACACCGGGAAGCACCACACCUACCGAGCCUGUGACACCAGGAACAACAACAACAACAGGAGGUCCAAUAGACACAACAACCCCAACAUGCCCACCAUGUUAUUUUCAUGGCAAUGUUUAUCCGAGUGGAGAAUGGUGGACCUACGCAUGUAAAGAAUGCACCUGCGAGUGUGGACAAGUUGUGUGCCAGCCAGUACAAUGCCCACCGGUGACAGUACCCACGUGUGAAAACGGAGCUGUACCUGAGGAAGUGGAAGAUCCUAACAACCCCUGCUGCAAGAUCUGGCAAUGCCCAGAGGGCACCACACCUACAGAGUCUGUGACACCGGGAAGCACCACACCUACCGAGCCUGUGACACCGGGAAGCACCACACCUACAGAGCCUGUGACACCGGGAAGCACCACACCUACCGAGCCAGUGACACCGGGAAGCACCACACCUACAGAGCCUGUGACACCGGGAAGCACCACACCUACCGAGCCUGUGACACCGGGAAGCACCACACCUACAGAGCCAGUGACACCAGGAACAACAACAACAGGAGGUCCAAUAGACACAACAACCCCAACAUGCCCACCAUGUUAUUUUCAUGGUAAUGCUUAUCCGAGUGGAGAAUGGUGGACCUACGCAUGCAAAGAAUGCACCUGCGAGUGUGGACAAGUUGUGUGCCAGCCAGUACAAUGCCCACCGGUGACAGUACCCACGUGUGAAAACGGAGCUGUACUUGAAGAAGAGGAAGAUCCUAACAAUCCCUGCUGCAAGAUCUGGCAAUGCACAGGCCCCCCCUCCCCAGUCCCGACAACUACAGGUUCGGGCCCGGGCACCACAACUGUCGUCUCAACAGAAGGCACCACAACUGUCGUCUCAACAGAAGGCACCACACCAACCCCAACCCCAACAUGCCCACCAUGUUAUGUUAAUGGAAAUGUAAUUCCGAGUGGAGAAUGGUGGACCAACACUAUCACCGCCUGUACUGAAUGCACCUGCUUGUGUGGACAAGUUCAGUGCCAGCCAAUAAAAUGCCCGCCAGUGACAGUACCCGAGUGUGUCAACGGAGCGGAACCUGAAUACGUGGAGGAUCCUGACAACCCCUGCUGCAGGAUCUGGCAAUGCCCAUGCGAUUGCUUCCUCUACGGAGAGCCCCAUUACUCAACCUGUGACGGCAGGAGAUUCUCUCACCAAGGGAACUGCACGUACCUGAUGGCAAGUCCAAUCGGUUCCGACGAGUUUGAGAUUUGGGCUCAGAACUUCCCCUGCAGCGGUGCUAAGGCAGGAGUGGCAACUUGCACCAGAAGCGUGACUGUGUUAUAUGGAGGGUUCGAGGUGGAGCUGGGCAGGACAGGAUGGGUUAUAGUGAAUGGCCAACCAAUGAGGCCCCCUGUGACCGUCGGUGGAAUGACCAUCACCCGACAUGGCUACCACACCAUGCGCGUUGUCAUAGACGCACUUGGUGUGAUAGUCAACUACAUUGAGCUGAACUACAUCGCCUCUAUCUAUAUCCCGCCCGAGUUCUUCGAAGACAUCGAGGGUCUCUGUGGUUUCUAUGACAACGACCAAUCAAAUGACUUCACACUGACGAAUGGAACCGUGACGACCGACACUGAAGAGUUCGGCUAUGAUUGGCUGGUUGAUAGUGAACUCGAGGACUGUUACACCAACGAAACAGUUUGCGUACUCGGAAACGUCACAACGCCAUGCGACACCCUGGCAACCGACGUAUUUGAGCCUUGUCACGACCUGGUUGACUACCACCAGUACCUAGAGGAUUGCGAGUUCGACGUGUGUUUCGAGACGUCCCCAUGUUUCACCAUCACUGCCUACGCCAUGGCAUGUCUGGCGCAAGGCGUGUGCAUAGACUGGAGGGACCUCGUACCAGAGUGCCCAUCCCAAUGUCCGCCGGACCGAAUCUACACCCCCUGCGGAACCACCUGCCCCGUCACCUGCCAGGACCAAACUGUCUCCUGCGGCAGCGGCUUCAUGGAGGACUGCGCGUGUCCGGACGGCUUUGUGUUGGAUGUGACGACAGGAGACUGUAUUCUCAGUACGGACUGCGCUUGUGUGGAUCACAACAACGUCCCACAUCAGCCCGGAGAGUCCUGGAACGAGGGGCCCUGUCGUGUCUGCACGUGUGAGGAGACGUCCAGUGGGGAUUACAUCGAGACUUGCCAUGACAUCACCACAUGUCCGACUUCCUGUCCCCCGUGUCACACCCUGGUGAACAGUCCAGGGACGUGUUGUGGCGAGUGCGUCCCGACUUCGUGUUGUGAGGUAACCAGCGACGGCAGCGUCAUCGACCAUGCUGUCAACUCGACCUGGUCUCCAGGGGACGAUGCAUGUGAAAUAUGUGAGUGUCGGGAGCUGGCUACCACGGGAGAGGCGUUCGAGGUCUGCUCCACCAUCCACUGCCCUAACCCUGGACCCACACACUGUGAUGAGGGGUACCUUGUGACCGAGCCGACAGAUGACGGAUGCUGCAACAUCUCACGCUGUGUACCACCACCACACAGCACCUGUUACCGGUACGAGAACCAGACGCAGCUGACCGUGAACGACUGCACCAGUUCAGGACCAGUCACCAUCUCCUGGUGCGAGGGAAGGUGCCCCAGCGGGUAUCACUAUGAUCAUGAGAGCAACUCAUAUGAGCAGGAGUGUGUGUGCUGCGGCCCGGACAUGACGGAAACGAUUCCGGUGGAACUUGGCUGCAGCGACGGCACGUGGCAGACCUACUACCACACCUACGUGGUCAGUUGCGACUGUAGCGUGACAUGUCAUUAAAGAGCAACGGACCGAAUGUACCCAAGAUGGGGGUGUGCCUGCAUUUUGAGCCUGCUUGCUUUUUCAAGAAGCGUUUGCUGGCCUUUGCUGCUUCACUUAGAUUUUCCGAACAAAGUCGCCAAUUUUCUUCAGAAUUUGUUUUGCCAAUAUCAUCAGAUAACCUUAUCAGUUGUAUUCUUAUUGUCCUUUGUGUGUGUAUGCAAAUAAAAGUACAAAAUAUUAAUAAAAAUAGUCCUACAUG